AUAAGUUUGAAAAGCAACAAAAAUGGUGAAUUGUAUGGUUUGUGAUGCGUCAUCGGCUCAGUAUCAUUUUGGAGCAAUUGCAUGCAGAGCAUGUGCUGCGUUUUUCAGAAGAUAUGUAAACUCAAAAAAGCUGACAAUUUUGUGCAAAUGCCUAUCAAAGAAAGAAAGCCAAUACCCGUGUAGGCUGUGUCGCAUGAAAAAGUGCAAGGCAGUGGGCAUGGAAGCAUCAAAAGUACAAGGACCUCGAGAUGUCAAUAAUCCGUUUAAAAUAAAAAUGAUUGAAGGGUCAUCGUCUCCAGAGUCUACUCUUUCAAGUAUUGAGUACGGACUUCAACCUAGAGACUCGGAACUCAUAAAGUUAAUUAUUAAAAACUACAAAAAUCUCGAAAUGACAAGAGAAGCUAUAUACAACAUGACACCCAGCACAACUGGAACAAUGCAAGUGAAUCUUUACGAAUUAUCAUUGGAAGUAAAAACGGAUUCUAAGCUGAUGUGGAAACUAUGCGAGGAUACAUUCCCUGAGUUUAAUCAGCUGUGCAAAAUGGAUAAGAGAAUUUUGUUCAACAACUUUUAUUCGAAAUGGAGUAUUUUGGAGGUAACAAUGCUUGCAACAAAAUAUAAUGAUUCAAAGAAUUUCUAUUCUCCAUCCGGAGCAAUGUGUACAUCAAUUAACGAAUUUUAUGUCAACACCGUGAGAGAUAAUUCAGCAAUAAGUCAAGAGGAUAUAAUAAGGGUAUUUGAACCGUACUGGAAAUAUCAUUUCGAACAAGUUAUUGACCCGUUUCUUGCAUUGAAACUCAACGACAUGGAAAACAUGGCACUGUUUGGAAUUAUUUUUUGGGAUGGAAGUUAUACGAAUAUCAGCGACGAAUUAUCAGAACUAUGCCAUUCUAUGCGAAAAAUCAUAUGUCGAGAGCUGAGCGCACAUUUUAAUGAGACAUGUACAACAUCGAGCAGAUUCUUUGAAACCUUGGACACUCUGAACAUAAUUGAGAAGGCAGAACGAAAAUGUCAAGAAGAAAUUGCUUUGUGCGGAUUUUACAACUUUGAAGUUGAUGACGACAUGAAAAACAUGAUAAUGUGGGAGAAAUACUGAAAUAAGAAAAUAUCAUAUUCGGUGUGAAUAAAAUUUUCCGUAUUUA